AUGUUCAUUGGCGUAGAUGUGGGUGGGACCAACAGUGAUUGUGUCAUCAUUCAAGAUGGCCAAGUCCUAGCUUGGACCAAGGAGAUCACGUCCCAAGAUAUCACAACAGGAGUCAAGGAUGUGGUGGCCAAGACCCUUCAAAAGCUUGACUCCCAGGCAUACUCCAAGAUUCAGAGAAUCAGUUUGGGAACCACCCAUUUCUUGAAUGCCGUGAUCCAAAAGAGAGGCCUGGCUCGAGUGUCUGUCAUUCGAUUAUGCGGUCCAGCAUCACGGGCUCUGCCACCUUUUAUCGACAUUACCCACGAACUGAAUCGCCAUAUUAAGGGCGAUUAUUAUAUGGUUGACGGAGGAUUCUACAUCAGUGGCCAAGAGUUCAUGCCCAUCAACGAGAAGGAAAUUGUCGAGGUCGCGAAGCAAAUCAAGGUUUCGAAUGUUAGGAAUGUGGUAGUCUCUGGUUUGUUCUCACCUCAUGAUAAUAGCCAAGAGGAGAAAGUGGCUUCGAUCUUACGUCAUGAGAUCCCCGAGAUAUCUCUCACUCUUUCUCAUGCCAUUGGUCAAACUGGACUUUUGGAACGAGAAAACGCCUCAAUCCUCAAUGAAUGCCUAAAGCCUCUGUGCUCUGUGACCUUGAGUGGCCUUCAAGGAGCCAUGAAGGAGCUGAACUUGGAUUGCCCCUUAUUCCUGACUCAAAAUGAUGGAACAUUGGUCAAUGUCGAAAAAUGUUUGGCCUUUCCGGUGUGCACAUUUGCUUCAGGGCCAACCAAUUCCAUGCGAGGUGCAGCCUUCCUAAGUCAGAAAGAUCAAAGACAGGUGACCGUCAUCAAGAAUGCUAUAGUGGCCGACAUUGGCGGCACCUCCACCGAUGUGGGACAAUUGGUCAAUGGAUUUCCCAGACAGGCCGGGACCCGAGUCAAGAUUGCAGGCGUUUUGACCAACUUUAGAAUGCCUCUGCUUUUGAGUAUUGGCUUGGGUGGGGGGUCUCAUGUCAGUUUUGAAGGGCAACGAUGCACUAUUGGACCGUUGUCGGUGGGUUGCAAGUUACUCCAAGAAGCUCAAUGUGUUGGCGGAACACGUUUGACCACAAGCGAUGUCAUGGUGAAAGCUGGGAUUCUCACAGAUCUGGGUGAUCCCUCGUUGGUCCAAAUUGAAGAGAAUGAAAUCAAAAUCACCCGUCAAACAAUCAUGGACAUGCUAAGCACGGUUGUGGAUCAGAUCAAGGUCUCGGCUGGAGAUUCACCAUUGAUCAUUGUGGGUGGGGGAGGAGUUUUGAUUGAUCGAUCCAAGAAGAUUCCAGGGAUCUCCGAGGUGAUCUUCCCCGAUCAUUAUCAGGUUGCGAACGCUGUUGGAGCUGCCCUUGCUCAAGUGAGUGGUCAAUAUGAUCGGAUCAUCACCAAUAUAGAACGAGCUGAAGCUGUCAAAGUGGCCAAAAAGGCAGCCAUUAGGAAUGCUUUUGAAUCCGGUGCCAAAAUGGACACUAUUGAGAUCGUAGAGAUGAUUGAAAUCCCAGUGUCGUAUUUGCCAGGCAAUGCCACGAGGUACUCGGUGAAGGCCGUUGGCGACCUUGAUCCUAACCGGGAGAAGAAUCCAAAGCUCUUGGAAGAGAUGCGUUUGCCAUACAAGAUUGAAACCCAUUUUGGACAAAAAAAUGAGGAUCAAUCCCAAGUCAGCACUCUAGAAGAUGUCAAGCCCGAGUUGCAAGGAUAUCCUUACUCGAACAAGGAGGAUCCUCAUACGUGGAUCAUGAAUGAAUAUGACAUCGAGGCCAUUGCCAUAGGAGCAGCCAUUUUGGGUUGUGGUGGUGGUGGAUCUUCCUACUUAGGGAAAAUCAGAGCCCAACAUGCCAUUCGUCAAGGAAAGAUUCUCAAAGUCAUUCGACCGGAAAAUCUUCCAAUAGGACAUGUCACUCCAGUGGCCUUUUUUGGGGCUCCCACUGCCAUCAUCGAGAAGUUAAUGAACGGCAAUGAAGGCAACCGUGCUGUCUCUGACUUAGAAAAGAUACUUCAGUACAAAUCUGUGGCCAUUGGAAGCGUCGAAAUUGGCGGGAUGAACUCUUUAGAGCCUCUGAUGGUGGGUGGGGAUCUGGGCUUACCGGUCUUAGAUGCGGAUGGCAUGGGGCGAGCUUUUCCUGAGUUGCAAAUGUAUUUGCCGUUGAUCAAGCAGCAUUCGCCUACGCCCGCUCUCGUCACCGAUGAGAAGGAAUGCACGCUAGCUGUCACCAAAUGCGAUUCAGCCAAGCACUUGGAAGACAUCUUGCGAGCACAUGUCGUCAGCUUUAUGGGGUUUUCGGGAGUGAUGUCUCUCAAUCCAAUUCAUUCUCAUGAUGUGCGAGAUAAUUUGAUUUUCGGGAGCUACACCAAAGCUUGGAACCUGGGACAUGCUAUAUUGGAAUCGUCAAAGCUAAAAUCCAAUCCCCUUGAGGCUCUUUUGGAAAGUGUGGAUGGCAGCAAGAUUAUUGGCUCGGGAAAAAUCACGGAUAUUAAACGGGAUACGGUGGCUGGAUUUGCCAGAGGUUUCUUGAUCAUCACGCCUUUUGAAGGGGAUAGCCAAAACGAUAUCAAGAUUGAGUUCCAAAACGAGAAUCUCAUCGCUUCAACUAUGAAUAAAGAGCAAACUGUCGAUGAUGGUAGCAAGAAUGUGGAUCCCACCCCCAAAUCCCAAGGCGAGCAGAUCCUUGCCACCACCCCGAAUUUGAUAUCGAUUAUCGAGACGACAACCGGUUUGGCCAUUGAGACAGAAUGUCUGAAGUAUGGCUUACGCGUUAGCGUAAUUGUGAUGCCUUCGCCAAAGCAACUCCUCACUCCAGAGGCUUUGGCUGUGGUGGGGCCCAAGGCCUUCGGAUAUCAAGGGGUGGAAGUGGUCGGAUAAUGCUACCACUGUAACUUAUUGAGUAAAUAAACGGCCGAUUGCACUUGAA